UAAACAAGCGAGCAAUAUUAGUCGCACGUCGCCUUUCUCUCUCGCUCUCUGCCUCACUUCGUCGUCACAAGAGCGCCUCUGUCUCGCCGAUUCCUCCCCGCAGCUAUCUCUCUCUCUGUACCAAUUCUCUUUUCCAUCUUCUCGUAUCGAUUCCUUUGUCGCCAUCUUAGUCUUUCGCUGUAUAAGCUCGUCUCUAGGCAUGGCUAUGGCUCUUCCGCUCGGGAAGCUGACCAUCCUCCUCGGAGCAGGACUUGUUGGGUCAGUGCUAGCUAAAGAAGGGGGCUCACCAGUUGUCUCGAACUUGGUCUCGGGUGCUUUUAAGAUGGUAUUUAGGCAGCUGAAACAAGAAGAACCUGCCAAAUCAGGCAGCAAUCCUCGCAAUGAUACACUUAUAGCCCAGGUUAACAGUCUUAGGAAUGAAAUACAGUUGCUGGCGUCAAACAGACCUAUCACUAUUGUUUCGACAGCAGGAUCAGGUGGUAGAAAAUAUGGUGUCAUCAUUAUCAUUGGGGUGAUAGGCUACGGAUAUGUGUGGUGGAAGGGCUGGAAACUUCAAGAUUUUAUGUUUGCGACAAGGCGCAACUUAUCAGAUGCAUGUAAUAAUGUUGGCAACCAUAUUGAUGGUUUUUACACAUCGCUUUCGGGUACGAAACGGGAGCUAAGUUCAGAUAUUGAUAGGAUGAGUAUUACUUUGGAUGCAAAUACGGAAGCUAUUCAACAAACAGGACGAGAGGUUACUGAACUACGGGAUGGUACAGCAAAUAUGAAGAUUGACGUAAGGUCUGCUAUCGUUGCUGUUGAAACUCUGGCAAGCAAAGUCUAUCGCAUUGAGGGAAAUCAGGAUAUUACGCUUAAAGGAGUUGGGGCUUUGCAUGCUCAGUGUCGAGAGAACAGAAGAAUACAAGAGUCCAAUCAGGCUUUGCCAUCAACUUCAUCGAUGCUAGCCCUAGAGGCAUCUCCUAUGACACCAUCUUCCAGGACUCUGUCUUUGCCUCCUGCUUCUCCCCGUGAACCCCAGUCGCCGUCAGCCCCUAAUGGAGCUCAACAGUCACAUGGUCCACUUCAGCACACCCAGUCUUUGUCUGGUUUGAAGGACAUAAGUGAAAGCUCUAGCAGUCACAAGGCUUUUUCAGAUGGAACGUGUUCAGGGAAAGCCACGGGAAAUGGUGCAUCAGGCUCGAGUGCGGGUGUGCUUGGUAGGUUUUCAAUGCCAAGAAUAGUGAGGACUCUUAGUGCGGUCAACUCAGUGCUUACUAACUGAAGAAAAGAGUUUGUUCAUUCAAAUAUUAGGGUUAACAAAGAAGCAGUGGGCAAGUGUAUUUAGUAGAUGAUUUGUUUAUUUUGAGCUACCAGUAGAAACAACAUUAAACAAAAAUGGUACUGGUUCUCUCUUGCUAGUAAUUGACUUAAAUAGUGAUCUCAUAUCGUCAAACUCAGUAG